UGAAACUCAACCCGGCUGCUUUUUAUUUUCCAUUGCAGCAACAAUCCUCUCAAAGGUUGCAUUUUUCAUCACUUAUUCAAAACAAAUUGUAAAAUUAGAAACAAUUUUUUGUUAGCUUUUAAUGGCCAAGGGAGAUGAUUCAGUUAGAAGAAAGAAAAACAAAGUACAAAGAAAGAAACUAAAUAGGAAAAAUGAUUCCUCAACUGUCUCAGCUCGAAUUGCUUCCAUUAUCGCCGCCAAAAAGCGCCGAAAAUCCGGUAAACGCAGCAUGUGUCAGGGGAUGUGUUUUAGCCUUCCUACUCCUGACGAUCCCUUCAAUGAUAGACUUGAUAAGAAGGAUAUCAGUAUCAAAACCAUGCCUUCAAAACGGGAUCAGAAAGUUUCAGCCAAGAGGGAGGACAAUGUUCCAACAAAAGGAGCUGUUCUUGGUAAUCGGGAACUAGCCUGUGAAAGUUCUGAUUGUCCAUCGAAGUAUCUUAUAAUCUGCCUGAAAACAAUAGAGGAUUCACUGUAUCCUGAUGGUACCUACAAUGGAGAAGAGGGAAAGCAUCUAUUUGUAAACCCAUGGGGUAUUGAGUUCUGGAAAUGUUAUUCUGCUGGUAAGGAUAUACUUGAGACAAGUGGCCCACCUUCUGAUUUUGAGCAAAUUGCAUGGAUAGCUUCAACUGCUGCUGAUGUUAUUUCUAGGAGAGAGAAAGAAGGUUACUUAUUCACUGGUCCUUUCAUUCUUUUCAUUGUACCAUCCAAAGAAAAAGCUCUCCGGGUGCGUUCACUCUGCAAGCCCCUGAAAGCUCAAGGCAUACAUACAGUGAGUUUACACUCAGGUGCUUCCAUAGACCAUCAGAUCAGUGGUCUGCAGAGUUGUGAACCUGAGUUUCUUGUGUCAACACCCGAGAGACUCUUGGAGUUAAUUUCCUUGAAGGCCAUAGAUAUAUCUGGGGUCUCCAUGCUGGUUAUUGAUGGUAUGGAGUCUACUUCUGGUGGUUGUUAUCUUGAUACAGUAAAAUCCAUCAAGCAGGCUAUUUCUGGAAAACCCCAUACCACGGUAUUCUUUAAUUCCUUCAGUAAUGCUUCUGUUCCGGCUGUGCAAAAUCUACUGAAUGGAUCAGUCUAUAGAUUAUCACUCAAUGAUUCUGUCGCCAGUCAAAGCGCUUGCAUCAUCCAGUCUAUACAUGUGUGCGCUUCAAAGGAAGAAAAGAUAAAGAAGGGCAUUCAUGCUUUGGAUAAUGCAUGCAGCAAUCAAAUAAUACCACAACCUUUGAAGGUGCUGUACAUAGUUGGAAAAAACAAUAAUGUUCAAAAGUUAGCGUCAGCUAUCAAAUUCAAGGGAUAUUCCAUCUCAACCAGCUGCUUCUCGAAAGUUAUGGAAUUUGAAAACAGUCUCGAUUGUGGCAGACCUGCAGUCUCCAUUAUUGAUACUGAACACAUCAAUUCUACAGAUUUAGGAGAGUAUGGUGUUGUAAUAGUUCCAGAUUAUGUACCAUCAGUUGAUUAUUAUGUUCAAAUUCUCACAAGGAUGGCAAGGCACACAGUCAAUGGUAUAUUGCAUAGCUUUUUAACUAAAGAUGAUGCACGGCAUGCCGGUCCAUUGAUUGGAAUCCUUGAACAAUGUGGUUUGGCAGUACCUGAAGAGCUAAAAAACUUGUGACGACGUGUAUCGACCAUGUUAGCAUCUUCGAAAAUAAGUAUAGUUCUUUCAAAGAUCCUCCAGUCUCUUUGCGGGAAAUGUUGUAAGGUGAACUGUGCAUUCUUUUACAUUUAGCCCGCACGUUUUGCUA